AUGCCCCCAAAAGAUGAAAUGAUGUGUUGUCCAAAAAUUCAAAAAGAUAUAGUUGAUGCUUGUGUAAAAGAAAAAAUCAAGGUUAUCAUGGAAGACUUAGAUGGUGAUUAUUUUGGGAUACUAGUUGAUGAAUCAAAAGAUAUAUCACAUAAGGAGCAAAUGGCACUAGUUCUGCGAUAUGUUGACAAAAAAGAUCAGUCACUAAGUCCGUCCCAAAUUCGUGGACAAGGUUAUGAUGGUGCAAGUAACAUGCAAGGAGAACUAAAUGGUCUUAAGAGUUUAAUUUUGCGUGAUACUCCAUCUGCUUAUUCUACUCAUUGCUUUGCUCACCAGUUGCAGCUGACACCCGUGGCUCUUAUGAAGAAGAAUUCAGAUAUGGAUGAUUUUUUUGGUUUAGUUACUAAUGUGUUGAAUAUUGUUGGAACAUCUGAUAAGCGCAGGAAUUUGCUCAGACAACAUCAAGCUGGAAAGUUAGAGGAGUUGAUCAUUUCUAGUGAAAUUCUUGGAUUUGCUUCACGUGAGUGCCCAAAUUAUCUUGACAGACUUACAGCUGAAACUCUUGAGAAUACGAUUAAGGGGUUUGAUUUCGCUUUUAUGCUACACUUGAUGUUGAAAGAGCUUAAUAAUCAUUUCGACGUUGUGAGUACUGACUUAUUUCUUGGUAUGACUUGUUUACAUCCAGCUAAGUUAUUUGGUAACUUUGAUAAGAAAAAAAUAAUGAGAUUGGUUGAAUAUUAUCCGAAUGAGUUUGAUAGAAGUAAACUUCAAGAUCUCAGUUGUCAGCUUGAUAAUUUCAUAGCACAUGUUCGAGAUUCUAAUAAAAGAUUUUUCAAUAUGAAGGGAAUUACUGAUCUUGCUAAAGUAUUGGUUGAAUCAGAAUUGCAUCAGACCUGGCCUCUUGUUUAUUUGCUUAUCAAGUUGACUCUCAUUCUUCCCGUUGCUACUGCUUCUGUGGAACGAGCUUUCUCUUCCAUGAACAACAUCGAAAAUGAACUUCGCAACAGCAUGGGUAAUGAAUUUUUAAAUGGUUGUUUAGUUUACUAUGUAGAGCGUAAGAUAUUUGCAACUAUAAGUAAUAAUGCUAUUAUUCAUCGUUUUCAAAAUAUGAAAAGUCGUCGAGCACAGUUAUGA